AUGUUUUCGGCAGGCCGCGCGACGCAGCCGACAGCGCCGACAGAGGCCAAGGCGAUAGCAUGGCUGAAUGUGGGCAAGAGCUACAAGGCCGGCGACGAUGAUGAGGAUGCGAACGAAGGGUUUACACCUGUGGCUCCAUCGCGGCCGCCCGCCGGUCCAGUCGCGCUGCCCACGCCUGCGCGUCGUACCGAGGAGCCGCGGGCUCUCGCGCCGAAGCGGCCUAUCGUUCCUUCUAAGGUCGACAAGCUCUACGAGAUUGACCAUGGAAAGGACAAGGACAACCUCUUUUACGGCACGCUCAACGCGGCCGACGUGCCCCGGUACCACCUCUUCAAGCGCAAGCGCGACUUGGACGACGACGCGUCACUGCGCUACUUUGACGCCAAGCACACGCUCUCAGCGCUGUCCCUGCACCUCCCACGCGUGCGUUGCGAACGAGCCAACGCCGAUGACGGCGUUGCGCCGCCCUUCCUUGCGCUCGAGCCGUAUACGCCGAUUCGCGACGAAGACGCAGAGCUCGAGAGCCAGCGGCGCGAGGCGCGGGUGGUGGCGCAGAACAAGCACUUCAACGCCGCACUGCGCCAGGACCCGUCCAACGUCGGCCUCUGGCUCGCCUACAUGCACGUGCAAGCCGACGCGCUGGACGACAUGAAAUCCAAGACCAAGCAGCGCGCGCUCCUUCUCGAGAAGCAAGUCGCGAUCUGGUCGCGCGCGAUGCAAGCCAACCCCACUUCCGACGAGCUCUUGCAGCUGCAAUGGUUUCUCUGCAUGCAGCGCUCGGACGAAGCCGACAUCAUCGCCGAGCUCGAGCGCAGCGUGUUGGCGCACCCCGAGCACGCGGACGCAUGGCUGCACUUGCUCCAGCGCAAGCAGAUGCAGUUCAGCGCCUUCUCGGUCGCGGCGCUACGGGACCUCUUUGCCCGCAUGAUCCAGUCGGUUCAAAUGUGCUCGGUGGCGUCCGACGUGCGCGACGCGACGCUUGUCCAUUUUGCGACGCUUCUCUGCCGCAUGGAGGCCCAGAGCGGGUACGUAGAGCGCAGCAUGGGGCUGCUCCAAGCACUCCUCGAGCUCAACGUCAACUAUCCGUCGCCACAUGCAACGACCGAGUUUGCAGCGCACUGGGAGCAACAUGGUGGCUCUAGGUGGGGCGAGCGCGGGCUCGAUACCGGCAACGUGCCACCUCUCUCAACGGCGCUGCCGUCCAUGGAGACGUUUCUCGCAAGCGUCCAAGAGCGCAGCGAACGGUCGCUGGAAGCGUCGCAGCCGCCUCUGCACUUGCGCAAGCUGCCGCACCAUCUGCCCGAGAGUGCAGAGGAUCGCGGCUUCGAUGCCCUCUAUGACGAGAGAUCUUCGUCCAAGCGAGAGGAGAACGACGACGGCGAUCAAGACGAAGGCUAUGUGUGGAGCAACAUCCAUGGUCACCGCGUGCGCAUCAAGGACGCCGAAGACGCCGCCGAGUACGAGCGUAUCUUGCGCGAGCUUCGGUCCGACCAGCCACUGGUCGACGACAUCCUUCCGUCCAAUAAGAACAAGAAGAAGGCAGCCAACACCCACGUGGACGAACGCCUUGCGUACGAUCGGCUGCGCGACGACAACGAGCACGCGAUGUUGCUGCUCGAAGAGGACUUGCUCGCGGCGACGCAGUGGCGCCCGCUGCGCCCGAACGACCCCGCGGACGCACCACUGAUCGACGCGCAGCCCGACCGUGUGUUGCUCUUGGACGAGAUCCAGCCCUUUUUCUUCACCGUGCAGCCGACGAUGCACGUGCAGCUCUUUCUCGCACUCCUCGCACAAGUCGGCGUACGCCCGAGAUUUAGCGCGCCCGAAUACAUGUACUCGGACGCGCUGGAUGCAGAUACGACUGCACUCGAAACUCUCUGCGCUGCCUUCUUCCAAAGCGACGCACCGCCGCCGAUCAAUGCGCGCGAUAUGCUCGACACAAUCCUCCACGACCGCAUCGUCGUGGCGCGCGACACGCUCUUGGAUCCGUCCAAGCUCGAGUACGCGCGGCGGCUUCUUCUCCGCGGCUACGCGCAGCUACAGCGCAUCGACUGCCUCGUCAUGGCCCUCGACCUCGAGACGCAUGUUGGACGACAUCUUGGCGAGUAUGAGCCCGCGCGCACCUUUGCCAAACACGUGCUGUCGCGCGAAACCUCGUCGUUCAGGCUUUACGAGCGCUAUGCGUACAUGGAGUGGCGCUUCGGCAACGACAAGAUGACGACGCGCAUCUGCGAAAAGACAGCGGCGUCCGCGGCCACGACGCUCGAGAUCCACCGCUUUGCGUACUGGCGCCUUCGCCUCGCGCUCAACCAAACGGACGACGGUAGCUGCUUCUGGCAGUGUAUCUACCUUCUCUACGCCGCGUACGACCCGACGGCCGAGUCGCUCUCGAAAGCCUGUAAACGGCUUAAGAAGCAAAAGACGCCUUUAAGCGCGCUGCUGACACCGACGAUGCAGGCUCGUUUGCGCCAAAGCACACAGCGAGACGUUCAAGCUGCCUUGGAUGUGCUUGGCACCGAGACGCAGGCGACCGCCAGUAGUGUGCCCAUUGCGGCAUUGUGUCUCUACCACGCACUGCUGGUGGAGUUUGUUCUUGGCGGGUGUGCGCGCGAGCUCCUCCUCACGCGUCUUCGCACAUCGCUCGACGCUCUUGAAACAGCAUCACGACCGGGUCAAAAAAGAGAUGAUGAACCGACGGCCGUCGGUGUCACGCGCCAGUGGUUUCUUGCAGCGGGCUUGGACUUGCUUCUCCGCGCCGGCGCCUCGCCCAAGCUGUGGCGCCUGGGCACCCACUUGGCCGUCUCGGCGGUGCCAUCGCAGUCGGUGUUUAUCUCGCUCUUUGUGGACGCAGAGAAGAAAAACACGAUGGGCCAACAAGUGCGGCGGUUCGUCCAAGGCGCGGUGCAGGCCGCGCAAAAGCAUUUUGACGCGCCCUCGCCCCAGCUCUGGCUGCUCGCGCUGCUCGCAGAGCUGUACCGUGCGGGGCCGAGCGACGCGGCGUGCUGUGCGCGCCACGCGUGGGGCGCCGUCGCCAUCCAGCGCAUUCGCCAGGUGUGCGGUGCUUUGGCGGCUCUACCUCCGCUUUGA